UAAUGAUUCAGUUGCAAUUGGACAGUGAAGAGACAUGGACCAUUUCAAAGAUAUUUAUGAGCCUUCUUGGGUGAUGUGGGCUCACUUAGUGGGUGUAUUCGUCUUUGAAAUUCUUGGGAGCUAUCUCGUCUUGAGCAUAAUUCGGUAUGAGCACGAGCGAACCACUCAUGAGACUUUGAUUCAUUCGUUGACCCUCUUUGUUUACAAGAUGCCCAUCGUCCACAACAUGACCCGAUUCAACAUUGAAGUAGCUCGAGCUCUUUUAGGACCACUUCCUAACCUGUUGUGUAUGACGACUGUUUUUUUCAACAUUUUCCUCACCAUUGUGAGUUUGCUCACCUUCAAUGAAAUCAUGGUGCUCCGGUACCUCUAUAUUUGUGUGUGGAAGAACGUGGGCAAACUCAACGACGACUUCUUCUCGGCGUUCCUAAUCGUGGCCAAUUUGUUCCUGGGGAGCUUCUUUGCUUUGGUGACCAUGAUGUCCCAAGAUGUCCAAGUGUUCCUUUAUGGUGUGUGCAUUGGUGAGGAUCCUUCACUUUUUGUCACAACAGACUCUCCGUUCCCUGUCACGCCUCGUUUAACAGUUCUGCUUGCUUUACUGACCGGGGCUUUGCAUUGUACCCUCUACGUCCCAAUCAUUCGAGAAAAAAGCAAAAGAACCGAUCCAAUGACGUCAAACCAGAACGGAGGCCAGGCAAUUCCGAUCUGGGCCAAGCUAAACCUAAACGUCAAUCGCCAUCAGGAAAUUAUCAAGGAAAUGGGCGAAAACGUGUCAAUGGUGCUCCUGGUCGUGUGCACCUUCCUCCCAGGGCUGGUUUUGAGAAGCUUCAGCCCCAAAUCUGAUCUGUUUCAUGAAACCAAGACGCAGCUCUUUAUUUUUUCAUCCAUUUUUGUGACGCCUCUUGUCCACACCCUAAUAUGUCCCAUGAUAUACCUUUUUCGUCAUCCCAAGUUUCUCGUCAAUUGCCAAGGGUUUCUCUGGCGUUAAGGAACAAAUCGUUAUUGAAGAUGUAACAAAGAACGGUAAAACCGA